GCAGGCUAACACACGCAAAUGUUUUAGGGUGGAAUAUCCAUAAUUUAAUCCCCCAUCAAACAACUUGACUUUCACGUAAAAUUUCCUAAUAUAUAGAAGAUUCCAUUGAUUUUUUAUUCUUGUUCAGCCAUUAAUGACCAUUUAACCGCACUUCCAUCGCACCCUAAACCUGUCCAUCUCUAUCACGUUCACAUCUCUUAUCUUUACUACACAAAAAUUCAACUUUGCAUACUAAAAAUGUCAGUUUCGCUUGACUCUCCAGAACAUACCCCAAACCCUUUUUCUCAUCUCCUCAACAGCAUUUCCUCCUAUAAUGGCAGCGUAAUGCUAGCAGCUGUGAUAUCUUUGCUCCUUGUAAUCCUCUUUGUGCUGCUUCUCCAUGUCUACGCCAAAUGGUUCUUGGAUCAAGCUCGCCAGAGAAGUCGAUCUUCUUCCAUGUCUGUAUCUCACGUCUUCCGCCCUGAGCGAUUCCAACAUUUCCAUGCAUUCACAUUUGAUACUAACGUUCCAAUCUCCCCAUCAAAGGGCCUCGAUUCCUCUGUCAUUUCAUCCAUUCCAUUGUUUGUUUACAAAAUGGAAGAAUAUAAGCAUGGUUUAGAGUGUGUUAUUUGUUUAAGCGCAUUUGAGGACAAUGAUGUUGGAAGGAAUUUGCCCAAGUGUGGGCAUGGUUUUCACGUGGAGUGCCUUGACAUGUGGCUACAGUCUCACUCAAAUUGCCCCAUUUGCAGAGCUCCUGUGUUGAGUAAUGAUAAGGUUUCAGUUGUUACUUCAGCGGAUUCUCAAAUAAUUUCUUUGGAGAGUGUGGGGGAAUUAUUGAAUGGUGAGAUGGGAGUGAUUGAUAGAAACUCUAGAUUGGACAAUCUGAUAGAUCUGUCCGAUUCUGAUAAUAGUCUCCAAAUUGCGGCCACCAAUGAUGAUAAUCUUUCAGCAUCCUCUUCUUCUUUGACUCUGUCAUCUUCCUUUGUUUGCACUUUGAAGAGAAUGUUGAGCAGGAACAGAUCAGAGCGCAAAGUUUUUCCCUAA